AUGGCGUCAAUGCCGAAGCCGGCCGCGCUGAGGCCACCACUGGUCUUCGGAUGGAACCUCCCGAAUCCGGGAACUAGCGAUUUGCUCCGGGUCAUCAAGAUCAUAGAGAGCGUGGGAAUCUCAUUUGUGUCCCUCAAUUUGAACUCUGCGGAGGAAGGCCAACAGAAUGACAACUUUGUGCCGCUGUGCGGAAGCGACCUGGUCCUCACCUACAACUACUGGAGCCAGAGGAUCGUCGCGCGCAUCGACAGCGUGGGAGGCGCGUUCAUGUCGUACAUGGAGUGGUCGGCAUACCUUGGCCUCAGGGCCGUCUGUAUACACUGCGAACCCAUCUUCCAGCAGGCCACCACGCUCGCCGAGUCGCAUGAGCUGCUUGCCAACCUCGCGCAGCGGCUCAAGGCAUUCCUGCACUCGCCAAAUAUGCCCACGGUUUGCCUGUCAUUCGCUGCGAACGACGUGUCAUGGGGAUACUGGAACGCAAUACACGAAAUGACGAAUUACUCUCCGCAGCUGAAGGUCGCCAUUGUCAUCGACGAUGAUGACGCCGGGCGCCUGGCAAGAUGGGUGGCAGAGCCACUCACUGCAGUCAUUCUUAGGGAAAGCUCCUUCGUCAGGGUCGGGGAGACUGUGCAGCUAAAACCAGCCCUCGUGCCGCACCUGCACUUCCUGCUGCAGUACGACGUCAAGGUGAUGCUGAGUGGGAUGUUCAACUUUGAACCCCUCAGGAAGGCCAGCGAGCUGCGCAGCGCCGACUCGCUGGAACUGAUCGCUAUCAGGGACCUGGACACGCCGCCAAUGCCGGGUGGCAUCGGCGUCAGAGAGGCCAUCACGGCGGUGAGGAAGGCAUAUGCAGCGAUGCCGCCUCUCACUGAGGCCGAGCAGUUCAAGGAGGGAUUUUGGGACAUGCUCCAGGAGCCCCUGCAGCCUGUACGCGACAAUUUGGAAACGGCUACGUACGAAAAUUUCGAGAGGUGCACAAGGAAAUACGCGCAAUAUGAGGCUGCGGUUAGUUUGUGGUUGAAGGACUUCAUGGCGGGCGCGCUACCAGGCCAAGCAGCGCCGGGUGAGGGGGAUAACGGCAAUCAUGAGGGACAUAAUGGCGUCAGGAGGCCGGUAAUAUACAUUGUCGGAGCUGGUAGGGGGCCGCUGGUGGACUGCAGCUUGCGGGCACUGGCUGAAAACAAUGUUACCGAGUUUUCCAUAUACGCGCUCGAAAAGAACCCGGCGACUGUAUUCACACUGAAGCACAAAAUUGCGACGAACGCCAUAAAGGGCUGGGACAAGGUCAAGCUCAUAUUCCAGGAUAUGCGCACGUUGAAGCCUUCGGAACCGGCGGACCUCGUUCUGAGCGAACUGUUGGGAUCGUUUGGUGACAACGAACUUGCGCCGGAGUGUCUAGACGGAGUACAAAACGCCUUCCAAACGCACUUCCCAGGGCAUCGCGUCACGUUCAUGCCGUGCACCUACGUCUCAUACGCUGAGCCAAUUUACGCGCCGAAGGUAUGGGCCAGCCUCAACCUCACGCAAAUCGAGAGGCCCUUUCAACACCCCUACACGGUGGCGCUCCACAAGUUCUGCAAAGUUGCAGAGCAGCCCAAGCCGUGCUUCAAGUUCGAGCACCCCAACAAACAAAUGAAAGGGUGCUGCAGCGACACUGAUGACGUGCAAGCGCUCUGCUACAUGAACAACGAACACAACAACAGAUAUUCUUGCAUGUCAUUCAAGUCUACUCUGGAGUGCUUCAUACACGGCUUCGCGGGAUACUUCGAGUGCACGUUGUACAAGGACGUUAAAAUCUCUACCGUCCCAGGAGUUAUGGAUGACCAGAUCAGCUGGUUCCCUAUGUACUUCCCGAUUACGGCCCCAAUUUACGUCAAGGAAGGGCAACUCGUCAUGCUGCACGUCUGGAGGAAACAUGACAAGCGCCGUAUGUGGUACGAGUGGGCACUAACGCUACCACACGUCACAGGCGUGCAUAACUCCAAUGGGACAUGCCACUCGAUCCUCAGAUGA